AUGAACAGUGUUAUGUCGGAAGGGUGCAGGUGGACGCAAUUUCAGCUUGGCAGUAAGAACGAAGAGAGCGUGCUGCUUCUGACAAAGAUGGGCGGUAACUUUCCUUUGGCAUGCUUAAAAGAAAAGGGAGAAGGGCCGCGUCUUUUCCCAGCGGAGGCGUACACGGAGGCACAGAACGAAGAUGUUGCCAGACUUGCGCUGGAGGUCCUCGGAUAUACUAAUGAAAUCUUCCAGAAAGACCUGAGCAAAGUUGAGUCCACGUGGAAUCCUGACCAGCUGGAACUGUUUCGGAACAUCUUACACCGUCAGAUCGAGAAACUGAGAGGAUGCGUAAGUCUAAAACGGUAGACAAUAGUGUUUCAGAUGUCUUUCCAACAUGCCAGCCCAGCUCUGAAGUCAUAUUUUGAGAAACUUCAUUCCAUUCUUACAGAGAAGGAAUUCAGCAUGUGUGCAUGGGAGAUUGUUAGGGAUGAAGUUCACUACAACCUUGUUCAGUUCCAUGCUUUUCUGGAGAGCAAAAAGAAAUAA